UCUGCUCUCAGUCCAUCAGCUCUUCUCUCCCGUUCGAGUGUUACAGCUCCUGCGAAUUGACUCGUACCUCGUAUUUAUUCAUCGAUCGGAUCACUGAAGCUUCGAUCAAUCUUCUUUCCUUACGUACAAGCGGGAUACUCAAGCACCUUCCCAUCAUUCUUCUGGUCGGACCAGAGUUUUGUUUUUGACGGUUUUGCAGUCGCAGUCUCGAAACCAUGGCAGGAUCAACUGAGCCAUCGACGAUCAGCUCAGGAAAAGUGAAGAUCGGAAUCAAUGGCUUUGGAAGGAUCGGACGACUGGUGGCGCGUGUCGCCUUGGAACGUGAUGACAUCGAGUUGGUUGCCGUGAACGAUCCUUUCAUCAGCACCGAAUAUAUGGCCUACAUGUUCAAAUACGACAGUGUGCACGGACGGUAUACCAAGAACACCAUCGAAGCCAAGGACGACAAGACUCUUCUUUUUGGAAAGUUCCCUGUCUCCAUCUUCCAGUGCCGCGACCCAGCUGAAAUCCCCUGGGGCCAAACCGGAGCCGAGUACGUCGUCGAGUCUACCGGUGUGUUCACCACCAAGGACAAGGCCGCUGCCCAUCUCAAGGGCGGAGCGAAGAAAGUCGUCAUCUCGGCUCCGAGCGCAGAUGCUCCAAUGUUCGUCAUGGGAGUGAACGAGAAGGAAUAUACCACUGACAUUGAUAUUGUGUCCAACGCAAGUUGCACCACCAACUGUCUGGCCCCUCUUGCCAAGGUUAUUCACGAUAAAUUUGGAAUCGUCGAAGGUCUCAUGACAACGGUGCACUCAAUUACAGCAACUCAGAAGACCGUCGAUGGGCCAUCUGCGAAGGACUGGAGAGGUGGACGUGGUGCUAGCUUCAACAUCAUUCCCAGCUCCACGGGAGCCGCAAAGGCCGUAGGCAAGGUGUUGCCUGCUUUGAACGGGAAGCUGACUGGAAUGUCAUUCAGAGUACCCACCGCUGACGUUUCAGUCGUCGAUCUCACCGUCCGAACCGAGAAGAAGGCAACGUACGAAGAAGUCAAGGCCGCUAUCAAAGCUGAAUCUGAAGGCGAAAUGAAGGGAAUCAUGGGCUACACCGAGGACGAUGUUGUGUCCACCGAUUUCAUCGGUGAUAGCAGGUCGAGCAUCUUCGACGCCAAGGCCGGAAUUGCUCUGAACGACAACUUCAUGAAGUUGGUAUCUUGGUACGACAACGAAUGGGGCUACAGCAACCGAGUGGUGGACCUGAUCUUGCAUAUGGCGUCUACCCAGUGAGAACCAAAUUCUGUUCUUUCUACUCCCACUACUCUUGUAAUCUUUGCAGCCGUUCUGUCCGCAAGUCGGAAAGUGGCCAUUUUUGCACUGUUCUACACGAUGAUUGUUGGAGUAGGCAAGUUUGUUGUUCUGGUAGAGAGUAUCCAUCGAAAGUGGAUAUUUUGGUGACACUGGCACUCACCUGGACUUGUCAUAUUCGACAUGAUUCAUGUAUAGUUUUUGUUUUAUAAAUAAAAGAAUAAGUACACGGGAAACGAAAUCCUUGAAAUUUUCCUCAACAUCAAAUCACAAUUAUAAGCCUUUUUGUCAAG